GCACAAGACUCCCUCUCACCACACAAUAGGACAGAGACAUAAUCUUUGGCUGCAAAACGUUGAAAUCUUACAAGAUUUAAUUUCAGUUAUAUGUUAAAGAAACUUCAAGACUUCUAGUCAACUGAUGAUGGAUCUGAAGUUAUGGCUCUCAAUUCUGAUGGUUUGUGAGAUGGUUGAAUCUAUGGACCCAGGCCAGAAGUGGCUCAUAUCUGUACCCCCAAUAAUCUCUGUUCUUGAAAGCACAUGUGUGGUCAUUCCCUGUAUGUAUGAUUACCCCAAGAGAGGUCACCUGUGGGAAAAGAGGCCGGCAUACUGGAGAAGAGGUGACGAGAUUGUUGCAUCAAAUGACCCCAAAUUCAAAGUAGUGCAGGAGUACAAUGGGCGAUCUGCAAUUACGGGAACCAUUGAAAGAAGCAUCUGCACCUGGCAGCUGGAUGACGUCAGAGAAACCGACAGUGGUCCGUUUUACUUUACUAUUGAAAUUCCAAAAUUUACAAAGUUCGUCUUUUCAAAAGAUACGGUGGCCCUUAAUGUCUUCCGAGUUCCUGAGCCUCCAGUGAUGACUAUAGAAGUAAGUAAUAAAGUGACUGCCACCUGCACAGUUACUCACGUCUGUCCAACAUCUCCUCCCAAAUUCUCCUGGAGUCACCCCGGAAUGACCGAAACGAGUACAAAAUUGGGCAAUGGGUGGUUAACAACGUCGACCCUCACCUUCACCCCUGAAGAAGCCGACUUCAACAAGCCUUUAAACUGCAAGGUGAAUUUCAAUGACAAGAAGACUACAGAGGGCUCUAUGCUUCUCGUCAAGAAGAGUACCUAGUUAAACUAAGUAUGGAAUACUAAAUUAAAGCAAUAUUUUUAGAGCUAUCUGCCAUAAUGACAAAGUGAUUUUGCAGAAAACGCUUUGAUUUAGUAAAACUUAAAAAAAAAAAUCUACAUUUAGAGAGAGAGAAGAAAUUCUUGUUGCAUGCUUUGAUUCAUAUCACCUUUUGAAUUGAUUUUUACCUAAAUCUUUUAAUAAUGUGUUAGAGGCACAAAAGUUAAGAUUCUUUACCUUUGAUGAUUUUCUAAUAGGAUUUAUGGAUUUAUCUUGUUACGCUGUUUUUCUUUCUUUUACUCUUUAUCAACUGUAAAAUCAUACACUGACUAUUAAAUUUACAUCAUACUCCAAU